AUGGCCACUUUGUACAGACCCACCCUCACGUAUGACCCCAUCACCGACCCCGACGGCUUGCGGGCCACCCACUACCAGAUAGAACGCUCCCCAGGCGACGGGUUUAUCUACGAGGCGAUGCGCGACCCGCACACAGGGACGGCGACCCCUUUCUAUUACUCAGACUCGUUGAUCAUCGCGACUGCUGGAUCGUUUCGGCACGAGAUGUUCUGCUACCCUGGCCCACGUGCAAGCUACGCUGUCUUUGUCGGACCAGGCAACGCGCUCAAUGACGCGGAGAAAUCGUUGCUGGCACCUCCUGGUACCUUUCAAUCUCUUCACCGUGGGGAACUCUGGGGGAUGGUUGCUGCCCUACAGACCGUCGUCCGCAUACUCGAGAAAGGGCUGGUCACGUACGGCCCAUUGAGGCGAGUUAUUAUCAAGACGGACUCGGAGUACAUCGCCAAGGGAGGCACUGAGCGCAUGUUAACUUGGCUGAGUAAAGGCUGGAUUGGAAAUGGCGAGUCCCACAUACGUGACUGGGACCUUUGGGAAGCGUUCCUGGCCUGGCUCGAAAUUGUUAAGCGCACCUGGAACGUCGAGGUGCUCCUCUGGGAACCGCGAUGCCAAGUCGCUGGCGAAGGAGGGACUCAAGCUUCCUCCCCCCAGAUUGGUACAAACCAGGCCUAUGCAAAGAAAAGAGCUAGCAAGCUCGGAAUCGAUCGGGUCGUGCUACUAGGAGAGCCAAUCGAACGAGGGGAGCGCGGAGGAUUUCUCGACCCAAGCUGGAACGGCUUCAACUACCUCCACUGCCCCCAGCAGCGUCUCUAUAAGCGAUAA